AUGGAGGUCAGUGGUCCAAUGAAGCCAAGGCUUCGGAUCAGAGGUCAAAACCAGACACGACCCUCCUCCUCUUCGGCCCUACAUCGUCAUCUCUUCCACUCCUUCGUCACCACCACCACCGCCACCACCGCGGGAAUCUCUAAUGAUCACUUGAACAAGCUUCAUGCGGAUAUUGUCUCUACCAUCAAAACUACGUUGGAUAAUCAUAAUGUCCUUGCAAAGUCUUUUCGACUUGCUCGCGAUGCACUCACAACAAACAGCAAUAAUUCUGUUUGCCUUCGACUCAUAGGCAAAAGAGGAAAAGAUGGGAGGAGGUAUAAUUUGCCUUCAGUGUCUGAGGUUGCUGCUUUAAUUGUCGGUAAUUUUGAUGGAUCCACAAAAGAACGAGAUAUUAUUGUUGAGACCAAAUCAAGGUCGCUUCAAAGAAUAACAGAGCUCCACCCAGCUUAUCUAGGCUUGCAAUAUCCUCUUUUAUUCCCUUAUGGUGAAGAUGGAUGGAGAGAAAAUAUUAUCUUGAACAAAGUUAAGAAAAAACCAACAGAUGAAGACAAGCAUGUCACAAUGCACGACUUUUUCGCAUUUCGAAUCCAAGACCGACCUUCGCACAACGGUGUCCUGUUAUAUUCCCACCGGUUAUUCCAACAGUUCAUAGUUGAUGCAUUCUCAAUGGUUGAAAGUGCUAGAUUGAAAUUUAUUUACACCCACCAAACCGAAUUUAGAGCUGAGAUCUACAAUGGGCUUCGGGAUGCCGUUUUCAACGGCGAGACCAAUGCUGCCUCAAAGGGUAAGAGAAUUAUACUGCCAGCAACAUUUACUGGUGGGCCAAGAUACAUGAUUCAAAAUUAUCAAGACGCCAUGGCAAUAUGUAGGUGCGUUGGUCCAGAUUUAUUCAUCACUUUUACAUGCAAUCUGCAAUGGGACAAAAUACAACGGUAUUGUAGAAUGCAUAAAGUCAAACCAGAGGACAGGCCAGACAUGAUUUGCAGACUAUUCAAGGUUAAAGUGGACAUGAUGAUUAAAGAUCUUAGAUACAACAAAUUAUUUGGUACUACAAAAGCAGUUAUCUACACAAUAGAAUUCCAAAAGAGGGGACUCCCACAUGCACAUAUAUUAUUAUUCUUGCAUGAACAAGAUAAAUACCCAACCCUUGCAGACAUAGACAAAAUCAUAUGUGCUGAAAUUCCUGAUGCUGAUGUUGACAAUGCAUAUUACGAGGCUGUAAAGAGUUUUAUGCUUCAUAGUCCAUGUGGUCUUAGCAAACCAACUUCGCCUUGCAUGGAGGAAGGUCGUUGCAUCCGUCAUUUCCCUAAGAAGUUCAACAAAAUGACUACAGUUGAUGAAGAUGAUUACCCAGUAUAUAAGCGUCGAGACAAUGAACGCACGGUGGAAGUUUUAGGAAUUCAUCUAGACAACCGAUAUGUCGUGCCACAUAAUAAAAUGUUGUUGCUAAAAUACCGUGCUCACAUUAACGUCGAAUGGUGCAACCAGUCAAGAUCUAUCAAGUAUUUGUUCAAAUAUGUAAAUAAAGGAAGUGAUCGCGUCACAGCCUAUUUUUCUACGAAGUCCACCAAUGGUAAGGCAACUUUAGAAGUUGAUGAAGUGAAAAUAUUUUACGAUUGUCGAUAUAUAUCUCCUUGUGAAGCUGCUUGGAGGAUCUUUUGCUAUGAGAUUCACUACAGAAAUCCAUCGGUUGAGAGGCUAAGCUUUCGUUUGCCGGAUCAAAAAUUGGUUGUAUUUACGAAUAAUGAAUCAUUGGUUGAAGCUGUUGCAAAGACAACUGUUAAAGAGUCCAUGUUUCUAGGCUGGUUUGCAGCAAACAAAACAAAUGCUGAAGCUAGAAAACUAACCUAUAAUGAGUUUCCAAGCAAGUUUGUUUGGAAAUCAUCUCUGAGAGCUUGGGAACCCAGGAAAAGUCAUCAGGUCAUUGGAAGGAUCAUCUUUGUACCACCAUCAUCCGGUGAGCUAUAUUAUUUAAGGUUGUUGUUAAACAUUGUAAAAGGACUAACAACCUAUGCAAAUAUUAGGACUUAUAAUGGUGUAAUCUACUCAUCAUUUCGAGAUGCAUGCUAUACACAUGAUUUGCUAGACGACAACAAAGAAUAUAUUGAUGCAAUUGAAGAAAGUCAUGUUUGGCCUACAUGUCACUUAUAUAUAUAUUACUUUCUAAACAUUUCAGAUCUACUUUUCAGUGACGAAGAAUUAAAGGAUCUAACCUUGAUUGACAUUGAACAAAUAUUGAACAGUAACGGAAAGACUUUGUGCGAUUAUCCAACCAUGCCAUUUCCAUCAAGAGAUACCGACCAUCUUAGGACGCGAAACAAAAUGAUCUUUGACGAAUUAAAUUAUGAUCGUGUUCUGUUAGAAAAGCAACACAAUGACUGCCUCUCAAAAUUGACUGCCGAGCAAAAGGGGGUAUAUGAUAAAAUCAUGAGCUCUACAGAUAGUCAACAUGGACGUGUGUUCUUUUUGUAUGGUCAUGGAGGUAUAGGAAAAACUUUCCUUUGGAUAACUUUAGCUUCAGCACUAAGAUCACGUGGACAAAUAGUGCUAACUGUUGCAUCUAGCGGCAUUGCCUCUCUACUGUUAUCUGGAGGUCGAACUGCACAUUCUAGGUUUGCCAUACCAUUAACUCCAGAUGAGUUCUCUACUUGCAACAUUAAGCAAGGAAGUCCAUUAGCAGAAUUAAUUGUAAUAGCUAAGCUAAUUGUUUGGGACGAAGCUCCCAUGAUGAGCAAAUUCUGUUUUGAGGCAUUGGACAAGACAUUGAAGGAUUUGAUGAGAUUCAAAGAUGAUCAUAACCAGCACUUGCCGUUUGGAGGUAAAACAAUUGUUUUUGGUGGGGAUUUUCGACAAAUUUUGCCUGUCAUCCCAAAAGGAACAAGACAAAACAUUAUACUUCAAGUUGGCAACGGAAUAUCUGACAGAUCAAGUGAUGGCUGCAAUAGCAUUAACAUACCUCCUGAAUUCCUUAUCACUAAUUAUAGUGAUCCUAUUAAGGCAAUUGUGGAGGCAAUCUAUUCUGAUUACAUUGCUGACAUGUGUAAUGAAAGCAACUUAAAAGGUCGCGCUAUCUUAGCUCCUACGGGUAAUGCUGUAGAUGAGGUAAAUGAUUACAUGACUGUAAUGAACAGCAAUGAAUGCAAGACAUAUGUUAGUUCCAACAAAUGUCUGUCCGAGGGAGGUAGCAAUCAAAUUCAAGCUAUGCAUACACCAGAGUUUUUAGCAACAAUUAAGUGCUCGGGGGUUCCAAAUCACGAAUUGAAGCUCAAAGUUGGUUGCCCUGUGAUGUUUAUUAGAAAUAUUGAUCACUCAUCAGGCCUUUGCAAUGGUGCUCCCGCCGCGGUGUUCCAACUCAGCCGACGUAUACCUCUUCCACCUGAGCACAGUAGCAGGGUCUCGCAACCUCCCGACAUGGCCGACAAUGGAGUUCAUCAACUCACACAGGCCGAACUUAAAGCCCAGAUGGCCGAACUACAAGCAGAGGUUAAAAGACUCGCCGAGUUGUCAGCACAGAACAACACCAACAAACGGGAAUAG